GAGAGAGAGAGGAAAAAAAAAAAAAAUGUUUCCCUGACUGAGCUUGGAUGUUUUCCUUUCGCUUUGUAAAGUUUUCCCUGCUCAGGCUCCAUUCCCUCGUCUCCUCCGGAGCAGGGCGGGAUGGCGGCGGCCGGAGCGGGGCUGGAGCAGCCGGUGGAACCGGGAGCGACGGGGCCCGGGGCUCGGGGCACGGGGAAAGGGCAGCUCAUGUCCCUGCCAAGCCCCGCAUGGCCCCAGCGAGACGAGCCUCCCCCCUGCGACACUGCCGCCGGCCUCCCGCCGGCCUCGUCCGACAGCGACUCCGGCUGUGCCCUGGAAGAGUACCUGGAGCCCCCCGCAGACCCCCCCGAGGUCCCGCUGUGCUUCGGCCCCUGCUUGCCGCAGCCGGCCUCUCCUGCCGACAGGAUCUUGCUCCGUGCCAGAGCCCUCCUGCAGCAGCUGCCUCCUCAGGACUGCGAUGAGAGAUACUGCCCCGACCUCACGGAGGAGGAGAGGAGGCAGCUACGAGCCUUCAGCGCCCGACGGAGACGGGAGGCCCUGGGGCAGGGGCUGGCAUGUCCCGUGCCAGGUCCCUGCCAUGGCUGUCCCUGCAAGAAGUGCGGCAGGAGGCUGAACAAAGGCGACCCCGGGAUUUCAGCGUCUCGGCUGGGGGAUCAGUUCUGGCACCCGUCCUGCUUCUCCUGCCACUUCUGCCACCAGCCCCUGGUAGACCUCAUCUACUUCCAGCAGGACGGGAGGAUCUACUGCGGCCGGCACCACGCCGAGCUCUUCCGACCCCGCUGUGCCUCUUGCGACCAGGUGGGUGCCAGGCAGGGGAGAGGCUUUUACCCCCCUUUUGCUGUUGUUAAAAAGCUCCUGCGCUUGGCUGGGGGGCUGAAAACACAGCGAGAUCUUCUGAUGGGCAGGAGGUUCCUUCCUGAGCCUUGCAGAGAGCCCAGGGCACGGGGUCUCCUCCUCCCUCCUCGGCACAGCAAAGCAUCCUCCGGGCUACGGGUUUUCUACUGCCGAAAGCCGCUGCGGGGGCAGCCCCUCACCUCCCGCCACGGCCGGCUCUUCUGCUCCGAGACCUGCAGCCUGGGGUGGGAUUCGUCCUCCACCGCCUCCGACUCCUCCGACUCGGCUUUCGCCUCGGCUCCGUCCCCCGACUCGACGCCCCUCUCCCGCGCCGGCCCCGCUGGCAGGACCGCGCCGGGGACGGGCAGCACCUCGGCGGCCGGGGGCUGCUGGCAGAGGGUGGAAGGGGCAGAGGCUUUGCUGGAGCAGGGCCCUGUGCAUCCUGCGUUCAGGAGCCUGGAGGACUGCGGAGCAGCUGCCCAGGAGCGGAGCAGGGAUGCUGUGCACACAGGGAUGCUGGGACCACCAACCGGCCACCCCUCUGCCCCCCAGCCCAGCACAGAGGGGCUCAACGAGCCUGGAGCCUUGGGCCACCCAGUUUUGGGGGACCCUGACCUCCGAACACCUGCAGGCAAUGGAGACCCACACUGUCGAGCGGGGACAUCCCCUGCCCGCCACAGCCCGCGGCCGGAGGACAUCGACCUGCAGGACGUCACGGAGGAGGAUGACUCCUGGUGUCCCACCUGCUCUUCAUCUUCGGACUCGGACUCGGAGGAAGAGGGUUUCUUCUUCGGGAAGCCCAUCCCAAAGCCCGGGAUGAGCUCCCUGGGCAGGGAGCCCCUGGGGAGGGCUGGGGGCAGGACGGCAAAGCGGCGGGGCAGCAGCAAGCACUGCAGUGUGUCCUAGCAGCGGGGAUGGGGGGGGUGGGGGGUGUCCUCAACCAGCACCACCCUCCUGCCAGUCCCUGCCGGGUCCUGCCAGCCCCUGCCACAGUCUCAACACGUUCCACGCGGAUUUUGGACGCAGCCCAAGGCUGGUGGGAAGAAGCCGCUGGGAUCCUUCCCGCCCUCCGGCAGCUGCUGGCAAAGCACAGCCUGCAAUUCCUGCUGCAAUUCCUGCCGGCCUCUCCCGCAAUUAGGAACAGGUAAAGCAGGUAGGGAGCAGAGAGCCGGCAGCUCAAUCCCACCUCGGCCAAGGCGGCCGCCCCCGAGAGCUGCCGCACGCAGGGGUGGGCAGUUGGGUGCUUAAAACAAGGGCAGCUGCCUGCACUGUCCCGCUGCCGGGUCCCACGGGGACAGGAGGGUGCUGGCUGCCAGGGUGGGAUCCUUCUCUGCGACACGUUCCUGAAGGAUGAAGGUCACCACCAGCCACUCUUCAUCCCUGGUGGCACCGUGUCCUGCUGCCACUGCAAGGAGGGGAUGGGGGGGGCAGCUCUGCUGCUGCCGAUGACGAUGCUCCAAAUAAAAGUUUGGCUGAAAUCUGA